AUGUACAGCUUCAUGGGAGGAGGUCUUUUCUGUGCCAUUGUGGCCAACAUCCUCCUGGUGGUGUCCACAGCCACUGAUUACUGGAUGCAGUACCGCCUAUCAGGCAGCUUUGCUCACCAGGGCCUUUGGCGCUAUUGCAUGUCGGGCAAGUGCUACAUGCAAACGGACAGCAUUGCGUACUGGAAUGCCACAAGAGCCUUCAUGAUCCUGUCAUCGAUGUCAUGCUUUGCAGGGAUCAUCGCCGGCAUUCUUUCCUUCACCCACUUCUCUGGAUUUGAGAGAUUCAGUCGUUCCUUUGCUGCAGGGAUCAUGUUUUUCGUUUCAACUCUCUUUGUUUUUCUGGCCAUGGCGAUCUACACUGGGGUGACGGUGAACUUCUUGGGAAAGCGAUUUGGUGACUGGCGCUUCUCCUGGUCCUACAUACUCGGCUGGGUUGCUCUGCUCAUGAACUUCUUUGCAGGUAUAUUUUACAUGUGUGCUUACAGGAUGCACGAGUGCAGGCGAGUCACUGGAUCACGCUAG